UGCUUUCGUAAAGGCUUUGCACCACAGCAGGUUGUCAGCUGAAGCUAUCCUUGAGAUUCUAAUCGUUUUGUGAGCUACUACUUGCCCCAGCCUGCCCGUAAGCUGUUGAAAGUGUAUCACUAGUCUCAGUAAAAUCUCUCUUAGGCUAGCUCCAGCUGGAUACACGACAGACUAAUAGUAGUAGCUCACGAUUGGGCUCAAGCUUUAGCUGUGUACGGUGCAAAGGCUUGCAGAUAAUUAUAUGCAGAGUAAAGCCUCUUGUAUAGGUCGAUUUUUUCACAAAAUAAACAGGCCUAAAGGCUUUAUUGGAGAAAAAUUGGUUUGAAAUGAGCCAUAAUUACGUAACUGUUCACGUGACAGGUACUUCCGCUCUCGACAUUGCAGUUGCAAGAACUCCUCAAAUCCCUGUAGCUAGCUAGCUGCAAAAGCAAUGUUUUCUUUGCGAGAUGAUGCUGACUUGAGGGAGUUUGUGCUGGAGAAUGUGGAGCACUUUGGAGAGGAGAGAGUUCUAGGAACUGGCUCCUAUGGCUCUGUUCAAGAGGUGAUGAUCAAUGGUGAGGUGUAUGCAGCCAAGAAGAUCCACGAGGUUCUCCUGGAGACGGAUGAGCGUGGUGGAGUGGCCAACCUAGCUGGGAACUACCGCCGAGAGUGUCGACUCAUGGCUCGCAUCCGUCACCCCAACAUCACCCAGUUCAUUGGGCUGUGUUUCGUUACUGGCUCUCGACUGCCUCUCCUGGUCAUGGAGAGGCUGGACUCAAGUCUGGACGAUCUCCUGGAGUCCACCCCCAACAUCCCCCUCUCUGUCACCCAGUACAUUCUGGUCUGUGUGGCUCGAGGGCUGCUCCACCUGCAUCGUGAGUCCGUGGUCCAUCGUGACCUUACUGCCAGGAACGUCCUGCUGACGGCAUCUCUGAGAGCCAAGAUCACCGACUUUGGUAACUCUCGUAUCGUGAAUCUGGAGCCUGGUCGACUGGCCAGGACUCUGACGAGGUUUCCUGGGACACUGGUGUACAUGCCGCCCGAGGCCCUCUCUGACAGAGGUCACAGUGUGUACGGACCCAGUCUGGACGUCUUCUCUUUCGGAGUGCUGCAAUUGUUUGCACUCACACAAGUGUUUCCAGGAGAUCUCCUUGCCCCCACGUACAGCGAUCCCAACAACCCAGACCACCUCCUGGCUCGCUCAGAGUUUGAGCGUCGAGGUCCCUACACGGCUCUCCUUGAGAGGAGUCUGGCGGGUGGACGUGAGCACCCUCUGUUUGGUCUGGUGAGGGAGUGUCUGGCCAACACCCCAGAGAGAAGACCGACCACCACUGAGCUCCUCUCGUCUCUGGAGGAGGUGGGGAGGGAGAUGGACGGAGGACUGCUCCAGCUGGACAUUGGACGAGUAAAGACUGCCAGGACCCUCAGGGCAAAGGAGAAGAGGAUAGAGGCUCUACAGGUGAGUCCAGUCCAGUGAGCUAGUGGGUGCAAGGGUCUGACACUGCAUGCUGUACUCUGUUCUCAGAGAGAGGUGGUCCAGAAGGACAGGAUACUGGAGAGGAAAGAUGGUUGCACUACUGGCACAAAAAAAUGAGCUACUUGUUCAAAAAGAUGAGGAAGUAGCGGACAAAGAUACUCAGCUUGCUAGACAGCAACAGAUAUUGAAUAGUGUCCGUGCUAAUGCUGCCACCAAAGAUGGUAUGAUUGCUGACAAGGACAGACAACUCAGUGAACAAGAGUCAACGAUCGCUAAUCUCAUUUCCCAGAGAGAGG